UCGACAGAGCAAUCACUUUCUCAAGAUAGCUUCUGCAAGUACGCAGCAGCCACCAUGUCAGAUGCGGAGAAGUACCUCUACGGCGACCGCAACACGGUAAGCAACCCGCUGGCCCAGGCCGACUGGGCCACGAAGAAGCUGGUGUGGGUUCCUUCCGAAAAGCUCGGCUUCGAGUCGGGCUCCAUCAAAGAGGAGAGUGGAGAUGAAUGCCUGGUGGAGCUCACCGACUCGGGUAAGAAGGUCAAGGUCCACAAGGAUGACAUCCAGAAGAUGAAUCCACCCAAAUUCAACAAGGUGGAGGACAUGGCUGAACUCACCUGUCUGAACGAAGCCUCCGUGCUGCACAACCUGAAAGAGAGAUACUACUCAGGACUUAUCUAUACGUACUCGGGUCUGUUUUGCGUGGUCAUCAACCCCUACAAGAACCUUCCCAUCUAUUCGGAGGAGAUUGUGGAUAUGUACAAGGGCAAGAAGAGGCACGAGAUGCCCCCUCAUAUUUACGCCAUCACUGAUACAGCCUACAGGAGCAUGAUGCAGGAUCGCGAGGAUCAGUCGAUUCUUUGCACAGGUGAAUCAGGGGCUGGAAAGACUGAAAACACCAAGAAGGUUAUCCAGUAUUUGGCGUGCGUCGCGUCAUCUAAGACCAAGAAAGAGCCGAGCAGCUCCUCCUUGUCUCAUGGUGAGCUGGAGAAACAGCUGUUGCAGGCAAACCCUAUCCUUGAGGCCUUCGGCAAUGCCAAGACAGUCAAGAAUGACAAUUCCUCCCGAUUUGGAAAGUUCAUUAGGAUUAAUUUUGAUGUCAAUGGAUAUAUUGUUGGGGCCAACAUCGAGACCUAUCUCCUGGAGAAAUCUCGUGCAAUCAGACAGGCCAAAGAGGAGAGGACUUUUCACAUCUUCUACUACCUGCUGUCAGGGGCCGGGGACAAGAUGCGCUCGGAGCUGUGCCUGGAGGAUUAUAGUAAAUACCGUUUCCUGUCCAAUGGAAACAUGACCAUUCCUGGUCAGCAAGACCGUGACAUGUAUGUGGAAACCAUGGAGGCAUUCAAGAUCAUGAGCAUCCCUGAGGAGGAACAGACAGGCCUGCUGAAGGUAGUGUCAGGAGUGCUGCAACUGGGAAACAUGAGUUUUAAGAAAGAGCGCCAUUCUGACCAAGCUGCCUUGAAUGAUGACACCGCUGCCCAGAAAGUAUGUCACUUGAUGGGCAUGAACGUGACCGACUUCACCAAAGCCAUUCUGACCCCACGGAUCAAGGUGGGCCGGGAUUACGUGCAGAAAGCCCAGACGCAGGAGCAGGCUGAAUUUGCUGUGGAGGCCCUGGCCAAAGCCUCCUAUGAAAGACUGUUCCGCUGGCUGGUCAUGCGCAUCAACAAAGCUCUGGACAAAACCAAGCGACAGGGAGCUUCCUUCAUUGGCAUCCUUGACAUUGCAGGAUUUGAGAUCUUUGAGCUGAACUCAUUUGAACAACUCUGCAUCAACUACACCAAUGAGAAGCUACAGCAGCUCUUCAACCACACCAUGUUCAUCCUGGAGCAGGAGGAAUACCAGAGAGAAGGCAUCGAGUGGAGCUUCAUUGAUUUUGGCCUGGACUUGCAGCCCUGUAUAGAUCUGAUUGAGAAGCCUAAUGGACCCCCAGGUAUCCUGGCACUGUUGGAUGAGGAGUGUUGGUUCCCAAAAGCCACAGACAAGUCUUUUGUGGAGAAGGUAGUGCAGGAACAGGGUAGCAACCCCAAAUUUGUCAAGCCCAAGAUGCUCAAAGAUGAUGCUGAUUUCUGCAUCAUUCACUAUGCUGGAAAGGUGGACUACAAAGCAAAGGAGUGGCUAACAAAGAACAUGGACCCCCUGAAUGACAAUGUGGCCACACUGCUCAACCAGGCAUCAGACAAAUUUGUGUCUGACCUCUGGAAAGAUGUGGACAGAAUUGUGGGCUUGGACAAGGUGGCAGGCAUGUCAGAUUCCAUGCACGGAGCAUUCAAGACCCGCAAAGGAAUGUUCCGGACGGUAGGGCAGCUAUACAAAGAGCAACUGGCCAACCUGAUGACCACUCUGAGGAACACCAACCCUAACUUUGUCCGUUGUAUCAUCCCUAAUCAUGAGAAGAAGGCAGGUAAACUGGAACCUCAUCUGGUGCUGGAUCAGCUGAGAUGUAACGGAGUUCUGGAAGGAAUCCGUAUCUGCAGACAGGGUUUCCCCAAUCGCAUCCUCUUCCAGGAGUUCAGACAGAGGUAUGAGAUCUUGACUCCUAAUGCAAUUCCAAAGGGCUUCAUGGAUGGAAAGCAAGCAUGUGUCCUUAUGAUCAAAGCCUUGGAGUUAGAUGCAAACCUUUUCCGGAUUGGCCAGAGUAAAGUAUUCUUCCGGGCUGGAGUCCUAGCCCAUUUGGAGGAAGAGCGAGACAUGAAGAUUACAGAUGUCAUCAUUGGCUUCCAAGCCUGGUGUAGAGGCUAUGUGGCCAGAAAAGCCUUUGCCAAGAGACAGCAGCAGUUGACAGCCAUGAGAGUGAUCCAGAGGAACUGUGCUGCCUAUCUGAAACUCAGGAACUGGCAGUGGUGGAGACUUUUCACCAAGGUGAAGCCCCUGCUUCAGGUCACCAGGCAGGAAGAGGAGAUGCUGGCCAAAGAGGAGGAACUUGUCAAGGUGAAAGAGAGGCAAGAGCAGGCUGAAGCACAGCUGAAGGAGUUUGAAACCAAGCAGCAACAGCUGAUGUCAGAAAAAGCGGCCCUUCAGGAGCAGCUGCAGGCUGAGACAGAGCUUUGUGCCGAAGCCGAGGAGAUGCGUGCUCGUCUUGCUGCCCGACAGCAGGAGUUGGAGGAGAUCCUUCAUGACCUGGAGGCUCGUGUAGAAGAGGAGGAGGAGCGUGUAACACAGCUCCAUAAUGAGAGGAAGAAGAUGCAACAGAACAUUACAGAACUUGAACAGCAACUAGAUGAGGAGGAAGGAGCCAGACAGAAGCUGCAGCUGGAGAAGGUGGCUACAGAUGCUAAAUUGAAGAAGAUUGAAGAGGACAUCAUGCUGCUGGAUGACCAGAAUAACAAACUCAUGAAGGAAAAGAAACAGCUGGAAGAGAGGAUCUCUGAAUUUACCACCAACCUUGCAGAGGAGGAAGAGAAGUCUAAAAGCUUACAGAAACUCAAGAACAAACACGAGGCCAUGAUAACUGAACUCGAAGACCGUCUCAGAAAAGAGGAAAAGCAGAGACAGGAGCUAGAGAAGAACAGACGUAAGCUUGAGGGUGACUCCACUGAGCUCCAAGACCAGAUUGCUGAACUUCAGGCUCAGAUUGCUGAGCUCCGUGCUCAGCUAGCCAAGAAAGAAGAGGAACUAUUGGCUGCUCUCGCCAAAAUUGAGGAGGAGGCAGCCCUGAAGAACACUGCUCAGAAGAAAAUCAGAGAGCUGGAAGCUCAAAUCUCUGAACUUCAGGAAGACCUGGACCUGGAGCGGGCUGCUCGCACUAAAGCUGAGAAACAAAAGAGAGAUCUGGGGGAGGAGCUGGAGGCCCUUAAAACUGAGUUGGAGGACACACUGGACUCUACUGCAGCCCAGCAGGAGCUCAGGGCUAAACGAGAAUCUGAGGUGACCCAGUUGAAGAAGUCAUUGGAGGAUGAAGCAAAAUUACAUGAGCAGCAGCUGUCUGAUAUGAGACAGAAACACAACCAGACCUUUGAUGAGCUCAAUGAGCAACUGGAGCAGGCCAAGAGAAACAAAGCAUCAGUGGAGAAAGCAAAGCAAGCCUUGGAGAGCGAAAGAAACGAGUUGCAGAUUGAGCUACAGUCUCUGUCACAGAGCAAGAAUGAUUCAGAACACCGUAGGAAGAAAGCGGAGUCCCAGCUUCAGGAGCUGCAGCUCAAACACAGCGAGACCGAGAGGCAGAGAGCUGAAUUGGCUGAAAAAGUUGCCAAGCUCCAGUCUGAAUUAGAAAAUGUUAGUACUGCUCUCAACACAGUCGAGAGCAAAUCCAUCAAGGCAGCUAAAGACUGCUCAGCUGUGGAAACCCAGCUUCAGGAUACACAGUCCCUGCUUGAGGAGGAGACCCGGCAGAAGCUUGCUCUCUCCACUCGUCUGCGACAAAUGGAGGAUGAACAGAACAGCCUGCGGGAAAUGCUGGAAGAGGAAGAGGAGAGCAAGAAGAAUUUGGAGAAACACCUUCAGUCCUCUCAGGCUCAGUUAGCAGAGAUGAAGAAGAAGCUAGAACAGGAAGCUCAGUCUCUGGAAAGCUUGGAGGAUGGGAAGAAGAAAAUGCAACGAGAGACAGAAGGAUUGAUGCAGCAGCUGGAGGAGAAAGAAUCCGCCUAUGACAAGCUGAACAAGACCAAAACCAGACUGCAGCAGGAAUUGGAUGAUAUGUUGGUCGACCAGGACCACCUCAGACAGAUAGUCCAUGAGCUGGAAAGAAAACAGAAGAAGUUUGAUCAGAUGCUGGCAGAGGAGAAGAACAUCUCUACUAAGUACGCAGAGGAGCGGGACCGUGCCGAGGCGGAGUCCCGUGAGAAGGAGACUAAGGCUUUGACACUGGCCCGGGAACUGGAGACCAUGACUGAUCUAAAGAAUGAGCUGGAACGUGCAAACAAGCUGCUUAAAACUGAGAUGGAAGACUUGGUGUCAUCAAAGGAUGACGUUGGAAAGAGCGUCCACGAGUUGGAGCGUGCAAAGAGGGGGAUGGAGCAGCAGCUGGAGGAGAUGAAAACGCAGCUCGAGGAGCUGGAGGAUGAACUUCAACUCACCGAGGACGCCAAACUCCGUCUGGAAGUCAACAUGCAGGCCAUGAAAGCCCAGUUCGACAGAGAUCUUCAAGCCCGAGAGGAACAGGGUGAAGAAAAGAGAAGGCAUUUGACUAAACAGGUACGGGAGCUGGAGAUGGAACUAGAGGAUGAGCGGAAGCAGCGUUCCCAGGCUAUGGCAGCCCGCAAGAAACUGGAGCUGGACCUGUCGGAUCUGGAGGCCCAGAUCGACAUGGCCAACAAGGCCAGAGACGAGGCCCUCCGACAGCUAAAGAAACUGCAGAGCCAGGCUAAAGAGCAGAUGAGAGAGGCAGAAGAACUGCGUCUGUCUAGGGAGGAGGCCCUCGCUGAGGCUAAGGCCAAUGAGAAGAAGAUCAAAAGCAUGGAAGCUGACAUCAUGCAGCUCCAAGAGGAUCUGGCCUCUGCUGAACGGUCUAAGAGACAAAUAGAGCAUGAGAAAGAUGAGUUGCAGGAUGAAAUCAACAGCCAAAACACCAAGUAUUCACUUGUUAAUGAUGAGAAAAGGAGGCUGGAGUCACGUAUUGCUCAGCUUGAGGAGGAACUGGAGGAGGAGCAGUUGAACUCUGAACUGGCGAAUGACCGCCUGAAAAAAGCUACUCUGCAGACAGAACAGGUUAACGUGGAGCUGACUGCAGAACGCAGCAACAGCCAGCGUCUGGAGGGAACGCGCUCACAGCUGGAGCGCCAGAACAAGGAGCUGAAGCUAAAACUGCAAGAGCUAGAGGUCACCAUUAAGAGCAAGUACAAGUCUUCCAUUGCCACCCUGGAGGCCAAGAUUGUCCAACUGGAGGAACAACUAGACAUUGAGACCAGGGACAGGCAGCAGGCAUCCAAGAUGGUGCGUCGCACAGAGAAACGUCUCAAAGAAGCCAUCCUGCAGGUCGAGGACGAGAGACGCAACACCGACCAGUACAAAGACCAGGCUGACAAACUAAAUAACCGAGUGCGACAGCUGAAGAGGCAGCUGGAGGAGGCUGAGGAGGAAGCCACCCGUGCUAACGCCUCACGCAGGAAGCUGCAGAGGGAACUGGAAGAUGCAACGGAGUCAGCUGACGCCAUGAAUCGAGAGGUCAGCACCUUGAAGAGCAAGCUCAGGCGCGGGGACUACACCACAAACAUACGGCGAGCAAUGAAUCGUUCCGGCCUCGACAGCGAUGAGGAGGUGGAUCUGAAGAGCGAAGCAUCUGAGCCAGCUGUCGAGUGA